UCGCAGGAAUUUUCUAAUUUCGUAAAAGAUUGUUAUGGCCAACCUUGCAUAAAUUUUGGAACUUUGGUCCUUCCGGCUCAAUAUGUACCAUCCAUCUGUUUGCUCACAACUUGACUUCCUUCUUCAAAAUGUUUGGAGUUGCUUGAAUAGCUCAUAAUUUUAAGCUCAAAGCUCUUCUUCAAAGGAAACCUCAUAAGAUUUUGACUAUUGCCACGAAAAAGGUCAGACGAUAGUCAUCGGUCAUAUUUACGACCUCCCCCACAAAAAAACUUCUAUAGAGCUAAUCAUGAUGAGGAAAAGUUCGAUGUCAGGACUUUUGAUAGGAAGCAAGCACUGUUCAAAAUAUGAAUCUAACCCUGUGUCGUACUCGCUUUCUCUAUAUUACCAGUCACAGUUGACCUACCUUUAAAGAAAUCGCAGCCGAAAAAAACAAAUGCACUCACCUUUCUACACUACUAAUGCCUCCAACGUUGGUUACAGUGACGACGAUGAUGAUAUGGUUCUUUGAGCUUAAGUGUUGAUGAGAGUGGUAGUGAACAUGGGAUGUUCGAUUCAGUCUUUCAGUCUGUGAUCUGUCACCAAAGUGAAGAGAUCUCGGAAUUUUUCGAUUUGCAGUGGUUGCAGACCUUAAGAAUUGACACAUAGCAUAACAUGGAAUGCCUUAUGAUUGAUCAAUUGGAGUCUGAAUUGGAACACAUCACCAUGGCGGCCAAAGAGAUUGUGGUGUCGUCCCCAGGGAAGGUAAUACUACAUGGGGAGCAUUCGGUAGUCUAUGGCAAGCUGGCUUUGGCCGUGUGUAUCAAUCUCCGCACUAAGGUCCAAAUCCGACCUUUGCCCGCUCAACCAGGCAAUCUCAAGCUCCAUUUCCCCGAUCUGAAAAGCUCAUACACGUUCUCAGUGGACGCCCUGACCGCCCUGAAGCCGCAGGAAUCCCAACGUUUCCGUCAUACCACCUUCUCUGAGAUCUGGUUGGCCCAUUCUCACCUUGUAGCCCAAUUGAAAACCUUUGUGACCUCCCUCUACCCGCACCGAUCCGAUGAUCAGGGUAUCAUUGCAUUCCUCUUCCUCCUACUGGUCCAAUCUCGCAAACCAAUUGAUCCGAUGGAAGUCACAGUCACGUCAGAGAUUCCUAUUGGUGCUGGAUUGGGAAGUUCAGCUGCUUACAGUGUGGCCAUUGCUGGUGCCCUACACCGUCUCAAUUACCCGCAUCGUAAGGGAAGUUUAACGCGCAACUCCCUCCUGGAUCAGGAGAACAAUAACCAUGCAGGCCUGAAGACCCUCCAAACCAACGGGGUCAAAAAACAAAAGUUGGAAGCCCGGAUAUCAUUGAGACCCAAUGUCAGCACCCCCAACACAUCUUUAGUUGAGAAUUUUAGUUCCACAGCGCAAGAAGAAAUCUGUCAAUGGGCAUUCUUGGCGGAGAAGAUCCUUCAUGGGAACCCAUCCGGUAUAGACAACUCAGUGUGUACAUUUGGUGGACUUCUAUCGUACCAAUCGUCGAGCGGAAAGACGCCAUUGAAGGCUCCGGAUAACCUCCGGAUUCUUCUCAUCAACACUAGAGUAUCGCGAAAUACAAAAGCGUUGGUGGAACGAGUUCGGAGCAAGGUAUACGAGUUCCCAAAGGUUACAAACUGUAUCCUUGAGGCCAUGGAUAAAGUCAGCCAUCAUUGCUUGGACACCUUGACUCAACUGAGAAAACUAUCGCAAGUUCUGGUUCCUCUGAGAGGUUUGGAGAGUGGUUAUGGAUCUGAAACUUCCGGUUCAUCUUGUAACGAGAGCAGUGAAGACUCGGAUCCCAACAAUGACGAUGAGCAAGAACAACUCUUCCGAAAACUCGAGGUUCUCAUUGAUACGAAUCAAGGCCUUCUCUCCGCUCUUGGCGUUUCGCAUCCAACCCUAGACCGAAUUCAAGCCAUCGCUGGCAAGCAAAACCUUCAUGCAAAGUUAACGGGAGCCGGGGGCGGUGGCUUUGCUUUUGCUUUGAUAACGCCCAGUCACACCCCCAAGCAAGUGAAAAUCGUUCGGGAAGAGAUGGAAAGCAACGGCUUUGAUUGUUGGGAAACGGUCAUUGGUGGGGCCGGGGUUCAAAUCCACAAUGCAGACUGAGAACUUCAAAUCAAACAGAAAGGAUAAAAAUGACGCAGAUAAUGAUGACCUCCUUUUGGUGACGGAUGCGCGUCGGUUUUCACACAACAGAAGAACGCGAGAGGUGACCUGGAUCCCUUCCAGAAACUACAGCAUCUGACGCACGUUUUCGGGAACAAAUCCUGCCCAUUACAUGCAAUUGAGCAGAUCAAUGGAGACCUUGGCCAAAAAACAACCAUUCAUUAUUUACAAUAUAAUCAAAGAUAACUAUAUCCUGUGAACAAUAAACGAAACUGCGACCCGGA